AUGUGGAACUACCUUAGCCUCUUGCUGCUGUUGUCACUGCUACAGGCCUCCUCUGAGAGGAAAGUCACCAGCAGCUGCCCCCAGAGCUGCAUCUGUGAUAACAAGAAGAAAUCUGUCUUGUGCCAGAAUGGGAACUUCACCAAAGUGCCAGCCUCUAUCCCCCAGAUGACUCGGAAACUGGAUCUCCAAGGUAAUGUUUUAAAGGAGCUUCCUCCACGGAUCUUCCAGUCCUUCUCCUACCUGACCCACCUGGAUCUGCAGAACUGUCAACUGAAGCAGGUGCAGAAAGGGACCUUCAACGGCCUGGCAUACCUGGCCUACCUCAAUCUGGCCUCCAACAACAUCUCUGUUCUGCACAAAGGGGCUCUGGAUGGACUGAUCUUCUUGAAAGAGCUGGUCCUAGAGAACAACCAACUGAAAGAGAUCCAGCCGGGGACCUUCAAACAGCUGCCUUAUCUGAGCCUCCUCAGUUUGGCUCACAACUCCUUGGAUCACCUACCUGACAUGGCCUUUCAGGGGCUUUUCAGUGCCUGGUGGCUCCGCCUCUCCCACAAUUCCCUCAACAACUUGGCACCUGAGUCCCUGGUAGGUCUACCACGCCUUCGCCGGCUCAGCCUGGACCACAAUGAGCUUCAGGCCCUUCCCUGGGAGGCUCUGUCGCACCUGCGUGGCCUGGCCCACCUAGAUCUUGGCCAUAACCCCCUCACCUCCCUGGGGAAGGAGGAAGGGUUAGCUCUGCCAGAACUGCGAUACCUGGCCCUUGAUGGUGCCUCUAUACAGACUGUGGAUGUAGGUGCUUUCGCCCACUGUCCUCGCCUCUACACUGUGGACCUCCGGGACAACCAGCUGAAGAUGCUGCCUUCGCUUCAGGGCAUGGAUCGGCUCCAUAAGCUCAACCUGAGUGGGAAUCCAUUGCACUGUGACUGUGCUGCCCGGCCUCUGCGGGACUGGGCCGUCAGAAACUGGGUGAUGAUGGAUGGGCUGUGCAAAGAGCCCAGGCUCCUUCGAGGAGAAGCUUUGGAGACACUGAGGGAAGAGGACUUGCGCUGUGAGGGACCAGGAGAUAGGGAAGAAGAGCAGGAGCCCACUCGGGCCAAGCCUUGCCCCUUAGCUUGCACCUGCUCGUCGGUUUCCAACCAUAGUAGCUGUGAGAGCAAGGGGCUAAGGCUCAUUCCCUCAAGAUUCCCCAGGACCACUCAGGUCCUAGAUCUGAACUGGAACAAGUUUACUUCGGUGCCUCGGUCCUCCUUCCCAAACUUGUACCAUCUUGUAUCUCUGCACCUCCAGCAUUGUAGGAUCACUCACUUGGCACCAGGGGCCUUCGAUGGGUUGGACCAGCUGGUCUAUCUCUAUCUCUCUGACAACCAGCUCUCAGAGCUCAGUGCUGCUGCCCUACAGGGCAUCCCUCAGCUCCGUUACCUGUACUUGGAUCACAACUACUUCACACGGGUGCCCAGGGAUAUCCUGUGGGUUCUGCCCAGCUUGGUGAGCCUUCAUCUAGAGUACAAUGCUCUCCAAUAUCUGGCACUCAGUGAUUUCGCUGGUGGAGAGAAUCUUCACUGGCUCCAUCUGAGUGAGAACAACGUCUCUUGGGUCUCAUCUGGCCCAGCUUGGAAACUGGAAGGUCUUUAUGUGGGCAGCAAUCAGUUACAAACCGUGCCAACAGGAGCUUUGGAGGGGCUGCCUGCCCUCAGGGAGCUGGAGCUGUCAGGCAAUCCCCUUGGGAUCCUGCAAGAGGGUGCCUUCAUGCCUGUAGCCAAGUCCUUACAACACCUCUAUCUAAAUAACACUGGGCUCCAGCAGAUUUCUCCUGGGGCUUUUGCUGGCCUGGAGCCUGGGCUCAGGAGCCUGUAUCUAGAGAAGAAUCAGCUGCAGACACUGCCAGCCAUGGAUGGCUUUACCCAACUGGAGGUCAUCAAUCUCAGUGAGAACCCUUUACGCUGUGAUUGCCAAUUGUUUCCACUACACAGGUGGCUUGCUGGACGGAACCUGCCUGGAGAGGCCACCUGUGAAUUCCCAUCCAGUGCUCAGGGCCAGAAGGUGAAGGAGGCUGCUGCUAUCUUUGAGGCCUGCCUGGGGAAGAAGGUUCCAUAG